UUCUGCACAAGGGUCGUUCAUAAACCAAAAGUUGAUUUUGUGCCCGUUUUUAUUUUGUUUGAGAGGGCACACAAAAUCUUUCAUGAUGGCAUCUAGAGAUGAAGCCCAGCAUGUGGUGGAAUGUGACCUGUGUCAGCAACCAGUCUCAUUUUUCUGCAGACGGUGUGGGGUCAAUCUCUGUGACCCCUGUGCCCUCAUACAUCUACGCGUGAAAUCGAAAAACGGACAUGACAUUGUAGAUUACACCAGCAAGGAUGAUGAUGACACAUGCCACUGUGAUUCCCAUCCCCAAAACGAUUGUUCCGCGUACUGUAAAACUUGUGAUGCUCCGAUUUGCAUGCUUUGCGUUUCUAUCAAACACAAAUCGCACGAAAUGUCAGAGCUUUCCGAUAAAAUUGAGGAACUUUUAAAAGUCACUGCACGGGAAAAUGAUCGGCUUCAGUCAUCUAAACAUGAAUUACAAAGAACUCUGGAUCACACGACGAAGCUGCUGUCCUCAAUACCCUCGGUUUACCAAUUGAGAAAAGAUGAAGUUACAGAGCGGGGAGAAGAGUGGAUCAAACUGAUCGAAAAGACCGUGAAAAAACUUCACCAGGAACUGGAUGGCAUGCAAAAGGAACACGAGGUUGUACUACAGAAACAAAAGACAGAAUUGGUAGAAAUGAUUAGAAGAGUGGAUGAUAUGAACGCAAAAACGGCAAAAUUACAUACAGCAAAGAAUGUUAAAGAAUUACAGAGUUUUGUAUCAGUGUUUCAGAAUCAGAAGAUAAUGAGUGAGGUCUCACAGUAUUCCUUUCCGAACUUCUAUGAGUAUAAAAUAGAUGAAUAUUUAGAAAAUAAAUUAAAAGAAAAGGCGUUAUCAGGUAGAAGAAUAUUAGAGGUACCAACAGUUACUUCUGUUAUAGACACUGGGUUCCCUGCUAGUGAAAAGUUAAAAAACCGUCUGUAUGACAUGGCCGUUACCAAGGAUAACAAAGUGUGGAUGGGAGGAGAGAGCACAGAACUGAAGUUGUUUGAUCUCCAGGGAAACCUCCACCACACCGUCAGCAUUACUGCCCGAGGCAUGUUCGUAUGUAUUUACAACAAACAAGUAGUGUACACUGGAAUAAAUGACGUAAAAAUGAUAUCUGACACCGACACUGUAGUGACGAUGUUCACUACCGGGGACUGGAUACCACGUGGCGUCACAAGCGCGGCGUCCGGUGAUCUACUGGUCUGUCUCCGUAAAGACGAUCAGUCCAAAGUCGUCCGAUACAGCAGUACCGGUACCGUGCUCCAGGAAAUCCAGUACGACUCGCAGUGUCAACCUCUGUACAACGACGUGACUUACGUCACUGAGAAUGUCAACGGGGACAUCAUUGUAACUGACUUGGAGAAAAACGCAGUCAUUGCUGUCGAUAGAUUGGGCAUAUUAUUGUACUCGUACUCGGGGAAGGACAGUGAUUUUAAAGCUGUAUCAGUCGCUACUGAUUCUGUCGGUCACGUCAUCAUUACUGAUUACAAAGGAAACAAGAUUCACAUACUGGACAGAGACGGGCAAUUCCUGAGGUACAUCAAUCCUGAAGGAAAAAUAAAUAGACCACGCGGCGUGUGUAUCCUUGGUCACGGUGAGAUGAUGGUAGGAGAGUGUUUCACCGGAAUCGCCAAAAGAAUUAAAUAUUUAGAAGAUUGAAAGUACAUCAGUUUAAUUUAUAAUCGAAAACUAGUAAUGGAAUAUUAGACAUUGAUGAACUAAAAGAGAAAAAUGUACAUUGUAGUUAAUGGCAAUGAAAUAAACCCUAAUCAGCUGACUGUAAGAUGUCAGAUUGUACUUACUGUCUGUAAAAUCUGCGGUGACCAUAUUAGAUUGUAUGAUGUGAUUCAAUCUUUCUUCCAUUUGAUAUCAGACAAAGGUUUCAGUUUCUAUAUGUACAUGUAUAUCAUACUAUCGUUUGUUUAUUAAAAUCAAAAGUCUUCAAAACUAUGUGUACGUGACCGUGAUUUACUUUUUAAUAAUGUAAUCAUUAUACACUGAUUAUGAACAUAUAGAACUUGAAUAAUCAUUAAAUAGUUUUA